UACACUGCAUGGAGGCACGCAACUCAUGCUGAACACUCUUCGUCAACGCUUCUGGAUUCUGAGUGCCAGGCAAGCAGUCAAGAGUUUCAUCCAUAACUGCGCAGUAUGCCGCCGUCAUAGAGGGGAAGUCCUGAAGCAACAAAUGGCUUCCUUACCCGGGCAGAGGAUCAGAGCAGCAAGGCCGUUCAUAUCAUCUGGUGUCGAUUACUGUGGACCUUUUACGCUACGCAUCGGAACGGAACGCUCUCGAACGCACAUCAAGACGUACCUCGCAAUAUUCGUAUGCAUGGUUACCAAGGCUGUGCACAUUGAGGUGGUUGAUGACCUAUCGGCACAGGCCUUUCUAGAUACUUUUACUCGUUUCGUCAGCCGACGCGGUCCCUGCCGGGAUUUAUAUAGUGACAAUGGUACAGCCUUUGUUGGUGCCAACCGACUUUUGAAGGAGGAUCUUGCAGCAUGGCAGGGUGAGAAUAAUCAGCGAUCGUUAGCAGAUUCGGGCACACGUUGGCAUUUCAUCACACCCAGUGCGCCACAUCAAGGAGGCCUCUGGGAGGCUGCUGUGAAGUCCGCUAAGCAUCAUUUGACACGAUGUGUGGGUACGCAGGUCAUGUGGUAUAGACACUAGCCGUAAGAAUAGAGGCCUGUCUCAAUUCCCGUCCUAUAACCCCACUUUACGACGAUCCUGAAGAGAAACUUGAAUUAACCCCAGGUGAUUUCCUGAUUGGGUCGCCACUCCUAGCGGUCCCUGAACCAGAUAUCAAACAUAUUCCUAGCAACCGGCUGAAACAAUGGCAAUGGAUACGUCAAAUUCAACAAGGAUUUUGGAAGCGAUGGAGUGAGGAGUAUCUAACCAUUCUGCAGAGACGCAACAAAUGGUUUCGACGCACGAGGAAUAUAAGGGUGGACGAUAUCGUCCUAGUCAAACAAGAGAACCUGCCUCCCACUCACUGGUGCCUGGGUCGAGUGACAACACUACAUCCCGGAGCGGAUGGAGUGGUCCGCAAUGUCACGUUGAGAACCGCUAGAGGAUACAUGAAACGAGCCAUCCAGAAACUAUGUCUAUUGAUAGAGAAGGAAGAUUUCGAGUCGACCGGGCAGGAUGUUUAGGAUUAUUUACAUUAGUUUAAGAUUAUUUUCUGAUAAUGUCAACUCUAAUCUGGCAAUACUGUCUUAUCUAAGCUUUAUAUUCGUUAUCUCUCUUUUAUCAUUCAUUUGUCUUUAUAAUUAUGUUUGUUUACGCAUACUUAAAGUUACGGUAUUUUAAAUUCCGUUGAACUCCUAUAAAUGUCAGAGGACUUGUGUGUACGACUCUCUUCUCUGAUUGUAACGUCUCUGGUUUGGUGUCAAGCCAGCCGGUCACAAUCGUUAAAAUCCCAAUAAAGCAUUGAGAACUCUA